AUGCAGAUAACCGGAGGAAGCCUCUUGAGUUUCAGAUGGGGGAUAAAGUGUUUUGAAAGUAUCACCGUGGAAAGGGUUAGUGCGGUUUGGAAAAAAGGGAAGUUAAGCCCUAGGUAUAUUGGACCAUUCGAGAUCACCGCAAGAAUUGGUCCAGUGGCGUACAAACUAAAGCUACCCCAGGAAUUAAGAGCCAUUCAUAAUACGUUCCAUGUGUCCAAUCUUAAGAAAUGCUUGGCCGACGACUCAUUGAUCAAUCCCCUAGAAGAUGUUCAGGUUGAUGAUCAAUUGCACUUCAUAGAAGAACCCAUUGAGAUCCUCGACAGAGAAGUUAAGCAGUUAAAGCGAAGCAAAAUUCCGAUUCUGAAGGUUCGUUGGAAAUCAAGGCAUGGUCCAGAGUACACUUGGGAGCGAGAAGAUUUCAUGAAAGGCAAAUAUCCGCAUUUUUUUGCAGAGAAAUCUAUUGGCAGUAGCAGUCGUUAA